AGCUCAGCUCGCCGCCUCCCAGCGACCCUGGCGGGCGCUAAAAACCACUCGGAACCAAAGUCCCGAGGGAAGCGCGAGCUGGCGGACCGCGGAAGCAGGCACCCACCGGAAGCAGCCCCGACACCCGAACAUGGCGGCGGCCCGGUGUCUAUGCUGGGGCCUGAGACGAGCCGGGACCUGGCUGCUCCCGCCGCCCGUGUGCUGCCCCCAGCGGGUUCUGCACAAGCAGGCCGACGGCACAGAGUUCCAGAGUAUCUACAGCCUGGACAAGCUCUACCCCGAAUCCCGGGGCUCGGACACCGCCUGGAGGGUCCCGGAUGAUGCAAAGCAAGCCAAUAAUGACAUUCCUCUAGAUCGUUUGACUAUAUCUUAUUGUCGGAGUAGCGGUCCUGGGGGCCAGAAUGUUAACAAAGUGAAUUCCAAGGCUGAAGUCAGGUUCCAUUUGGCAACCGCCGAGUGGAUUCCCGAGCCUGCGCGGCAGAAGAUGGCCAUCACGCAUAAAAAUAAGAUCAACAAGUCAGGAGAGUUGAUACUCACCUCUGAAUGCAGCCGCUAUCAGUUCCGAAAUCUGGCAGAUUGUCUUCAGAAAAUUCGAGACAUGAUUGCUGAGGCCAGCCAGCCAGCUAAGGAGCCGUCCAAAGAAGAUGCUGUACUACACAGGAUCAGGAUAGAAAACAUGAAUCGGGAAAGGCUGAGAAAAAAGAGGAUACACUCUGUCAUAAAGACAGGCAGGAGGGUAGAUAUGGACUGAAAUCCUCCUCCAGAGCUGACACAGACCCUCUUCAGGACAUCCAGGCAGCCGCGAGUUCUAACACCAUCAGGAGACCCCUUGUUGUUUGUGGCUGUUAAUGCUUGGCUUUAACGUGGGCGCCACCAUGAGAAUGUUCAUUUGGAAGGAGGGUGGCAGGCACUGGUUGCAAAGGUCUUUAUAGGCAAUCACAUGUUGUCAAACCUUAAUUAUCCACUUAAUGCAUUAGCUGUAGUAAAGUGCAGUAAACGCA